AAGAUUGCUUUAUUAAAAUAAAAUCCUGUAAGAUCUUCAGAUUAUUCAUAAAUAACCCAAAUAUGAAAAAAUGACCUGUGUUUUCUCCAAGUCAGAUUUUAAUGUCUGAGUGAAAAUAAAACAUGUUGAACAUCCGAAGAGCCCUGGAUGAUUCGCAGCAGACCUCCAUCUGUGUGAAUGAGACCAACAGCUUCACUCCACACUUUAUAGAUUUUAUACUAAAACUCAUCCAGAUUCAUAAGGUCGAACAAAAUAGAUCAAAUUUAACCUACAUCUCAGUUUUUAAGCAGGAAAAUAAGGAGGUUUUUUUUAUUGGCACAUUAUCCACACAAACAAAAAAUCUGAAUAUGAUUCAUUUUUGCUUUCAGCACAAUAAAACAUUUAAUACAUAAAGAUUAUACAUAAAAGAGCCAAAAAAUACAUGUACUUUCUAUGUUUAGUUGCUUUAUUUUAUGGUUAUUGUAGCUGAACGUCAGAGGUCGUUUAUCAGAUAAUUGAGAGAACUGAAGCAGCAGCAGAACCGCCGGCUGGUCCUGGAGAACCUUCAGCAGAAGAAGCUGCAGUGACUUCUCCAGCCUGCAGGGGGCGAUGUUACCCUCCCAGUCUGACGGGAAGAAAGCCCUAAACUGAUAUUUAAAAUAAAUUUAAUUUCUACGUAAUCAGUGUAAAAUAUUAGUUUUUGGUUUUUAUUCAUUAUUUUGUUUUCUUUCAUUAUUUUCAUAUUUCUCGUGUCUUUGCCCGUUGGUGCGCUGCUUUAAACCUCCUGCUGGCGUCGCUGUCCGAAUGAAACGGCAGGAAGUGACGCCGGUGCACCUCUACACAGCUUCAGACAAACACAACAAACGGAGCAGCGGAGAAAAUCAUCUUCAUCCUACAGAAAAACAGUUAAACACUGAGACUUAUACCGUCCCACCGCCGGGAUAAAGCUCCUGUCAACCCGGAGCAGAAAACCAGAAGCCCGCAGCGGAGAACCAGCGACCCGCAGAGAUGCCUGAGACUGAGAGCUACUCCAACCCUCUGGCCCCCGAGGGCCACGAAGUGGAUGACCACCGCUCUGCCGCGCAGUCCAAACUGACCAACGAUGACUUCAGGAAGUUGCUGAUGACGCCUCGGGCCACACCCACCUCGGCUCCACCCACCAAGUCCAGACAUCAUGAAAUGCCGAGGGACUACAAUGAGGACGAGGACCCCGCGGCCAGGAGGAGGAAGAAGAAGAGCUACUAUGCCAAGCUGCGGCAGCAGGAGCUGGAGCGGGAGAGAGAGCUGGCUGAGAAGUACCGGGACCGGGCCCGAGAGCGCCGCGACGGCGUCAACAAGGAUUACGAGGAGACAGAGCUCAUCAGCACCACAGCCAACUACCGGGCCGUCGGACCCACCGCCGAGGCGGACAAGUCUGCAGCAGAGAAGCGUCGGCAGCUGAUCCAGGAGUCCAAGUUCUUGGGUGGUGAUAUGGAGCACACUCACUUGGUGAAAGGUCUGGACUUCGCUCUGCUGCAGAAGGUGAGAGCUGAGAUCACCAGCAAGGAGAAGGAGGAGGAAGACAUGAUGGAGAAGGUCCAGAAGGAGACCAAGAAGGACGUGGAGCCGGAGGAGAAGAUCGAGUUCAAGACUCGACUGGGCAGGAACAUUUACCGUGUGGCUUUCCGGUCGGGCGUCCAGGAGAGGAACGAGCUGUUCCUGCCCGGCAGGAUGGCCUACGUGGUCGACCUGGACGACGAGUUCACCGACACCGACAUCCCCACCACCCUGAUCCGCAGCAAGGCCGACUGCCCCAGCAUGGAGGCUCAGACGACUCUCACCACCAACGACAUCGUGAUCUCCAAGCUGACCCAGAUCCUGUCCUACCUGAGACAGGGGACACGGCACAAGAAGAUGAAGAAGAAGGAUAAAGGUAAACUGGAUGACAAGCGAGCUCCUGAAGCUGAUCUCAGUAUCUUUGACGACAUCGGGGACUACAUCCCGUCCGGCACGUCCAAACCCAAAGACAAAGAGCGCCACCGGGGUCGAGAUGAAGACAGCAAGAGCAGAAGACACGCCUACUUUGAGAAACCGCGCGGAGACGAACACCCGCUGAUAGAUGUAGACCCGGCUCCUGGGUCGAUCAAAGACCAGAUUAAGAUAAUCAAUGAGAAGUUUGGAGCAGCAGCCAACCAGUGGCAGAACCAGGAACCUGGUUCCCAGAGGAGGGACUCCAGUAAGGAGCAGCUGGGAGAUUUCUUUGGAGGAUCCAACUCCUAUGCAGAGUGUUACCCGGCAACGAUGGACGACCUGGCGGUGGACAGCGAUGAGGAAGUGGACUACAGCAAGAUGGACCAGGGGAACAAGAAGGGGCCGCUGGGCCGCUGGGACUUCGACACCCAGGAGGAGUACUCUGAUUACAUGAACAACAAGGAGGCACUGCCCAAGGCCGCCUUCCAGUACGGCAUCAAGAUGUCUGAAGGCAGGAAGACGCGGCGCUUCAAGGAGACCAAUGAGAAGGCGGAGCUGGACCGCCAGUGGAAGAAGAUCAGCGCGAUCAUCGAGAAGAGGAAGAAGAUGGAGGCUGAUGGUGUCGAUGUCAAGAGACCCAAGUACUGAAGACCUGCUGAGGUUCUGCUCUCUUACCCGUAUUGACCUGUUGCUAGGAACCGUAAAUACACAGUUUAUUGUCAUGGAAACAAAAUCUAUCCGGAUUAUUGUGUCUCUUGUUAUUGUGAUUUCCCAAUAAAACUAUCAGAUCCCA